CACCGCCAUUCGCGGCCUCGGUUGUCAAUCACCGGCUUCCAGCCAGUGAUUCCUCGCCGGCACCCGGUGAUCACCGAGUAUCUCCAACAGGGGAGAGACCUGUGUAUAAACAAGACAGAUCUCUCCCCUGUCAACUCCUUCACACUGCUUUGUAUGGCUCUGCAUAGCGGAGCCAUACAAGGCAACACAGCCCACAUAGUAAAAUAGCACACAGCACACAGUUAACCCUUUGAUCAUCCCACAUGUUAACCCCUCCCUGCCCAGUGCCAUUAGUACAUUGUCAAUGCUUUUUAUUAGCACUGAUCACUGUAUUGGUGUAACUGGGGAUGUCAGUUCCCUCCGUGUCAGAAUGCCCACCGCAGGCCCUCAAUAAGUCGUUGAUUGCCGCCAUUACUAGC